AUGCUUAAAUUGACGAUUCUCCUCGCUAUCAUAACUUUCGCAUAUGGUGGUGUGAUUGCACCCAUCGUACCAGUAGCCCACCAUGUGGUCACCCACCCCGUGGUCCACCAUGUAGCACCAGUGGUCCACCCAGUAGCCGUGUCCCAUGCAGCGGUCCAUCACGCGCCACUCGUGGCUCCAGUCGUGGUUAAACACCCUGUAGUGCCCAUUGUGAAACAUGCGCCGUUAGUAGCGGUCCAUCAUCAU